AUGGCGAUGUGUUCCGAAGACAGAAUCAGUAGUUUACCGGAUCAUAUUCUUUGUCAUAUUUUGUCUUUCCUUCCUCUUAAAGAAGCAGUUCGAACCUCUGUUAUUUCAACCAAGUGGAGAUACCUCUUUGCUUCAAUUUCUACCAUUGAAUUUGAUGAUAGUUUACUGAGUGGUUUGACUGACAGAAAUGUUGACAGCUUCAAGAACUUUGUUGAUAGGUUAUUGAAAUUCCCCGAUCAGGUAAGUUUAGAUUGCUUUAGGCUAAGUGAUGGGAUUUCAUUGAAUGAUGAAGAUCAUGAUUUUGAUGUUUCUGGUUGGAUAUGUGCUGCAUUGUGCCGUGGUGUUAAGGAAAUUGAUUUGUUCUUAGAUUAUUUUGGGUGUGUUCUCACUGUACCAGCUGUUUUAUUCACUUGCCACUCACUGGUGACACUGAAAUUGAAUGCAGAAUGUCGUAAGAUUGAUGUCCCAUCUGACGUUUGUUUAGGAAAUCUGAAGACUUUGCAGCUUAGAAACACUGUAGUUGACGGUGAUUCCAUUCAUAGGUUAAUUUCCAAUUGCCAUGUCUUAGAAGAUUUGGCUUUUAUUGAAUGUCAUCUUAUGUAUGCAAGUGCGCUCAAUAUCAAAACUCCUUCUCUUAAGAGAUUGGUUUUAGAUUUGGAUGUGGUAGAAUACGGAGAUUUCAAUAAUGUGGUGGUGAUUAAUGCUCCAAAUCUUGAAAAAGCCGAUAUUAGCAUCUAUCUGUUUGGUUUCAGUGAUCGUGAAACAAGUGCAACUCAUCUUAUUCAAGGAAUUAUUCAAGGAAUUUGCACUGUGCGGUCUCUGAAUUUAACCAUUAAUGACCUGAUUUUCCGAACGUGUCGACUUCCUAUAUUUCACAACCUUAUUAAAUUUGAAUAUGGUGUUCUUGGUUCUAAUGGGAGAGAAACUUGGCUUGUGGAGUUUCUACAUUGUGCGCCUAAUCUAAAUACGCUUACCCUCAAUUUUCUGGUUGUUGUGGAAACUCAAUGGAAGGUUCUACAUAUGGAAGUUCCUUCUUGUUUGUCUUUGCACCUCAAGGAGAUUAAAAUUUUGAACUUUAAGGGAGACAUGCGAAUGUUUGAAAUGAUUAGUUAUUUCUUGGAUAAUGCUAUGGUCUUGGAAAAGCUCAUGAUAGGAAUGAAAUCCCUGUCCGAGACACAACAAUCGAUUGUCUUCAACCAAUUACUGCAGUUACCUAAGAGUUCAAAGAAAUGUCAAGUUGUGAUUUUCUAGUACUGUUUUAUGUUAUGGCUAGAACUGAUCAGUGUCUGGUUUGGUUUUGUAUAGAUGUGUUGUUUGAAAUAUACAUUUGGUGUUAAUAUCCUAUACAGUCACUAAUGGCAAUACUGAAUAUCUGAUAGUUGGUUUAUAUAUGUAUUUGUGAAUGUA